AUGCACUGCGUUUCCGCCGGGGUUCAAAUGGUGUUUAAAACGCGGAGAACCAAUGGUCGUGACGGACUCCUGGCGACUAUAUUGACGUUGGGCCUGUACGCGGAAAUGGUAUGCAAGACCGGCAUUCUGGGCUUUGAGAGGCAGAGAAUGCUGAGGUCAUUCCACAAACUCGACGUCACCGAGAAUGACUUUGAGAGCGCGAGCUUUGGGAGCGCGAGCUUUGGGAGCGCGAGCUACGAAAGCCUAGCUUACGAGCACGCAAACCAUGAGGCAGACCCCGAGACGGCAGACCCCGAGACGGCAGGGCACGAGACGGCAGGGCACGAGAUGGAAGAUUACGAGGCGGAAGAUUACGAGACGGAAGAUUACGAGACGGUAGGUUGUGGAGACGAAGCGAGAGACACAGCCGAAGUCAUUGACGACUUUUGUUGUAAAUUCGAGAGGUGGCGUAGAAAGUCGAAUGAUUGCCUUCAUUCUGAUGAGGCCUUUUGGCCAAUGUUCUGGGUGACCCGCGCUCAGCAGUGGGUGAUGGCGGGUUGUGGGAAGGACGAGAGCUGGAGAGCAGCAUUGUGUGGUCGGGGGGCGCCGGUGGCAUCGAUGCCGCCUGAGUGUGAAGUCCGGACCUGGUGUGCGUUGUCAGCCUGGUAUCCGAUAUCGGCAGCUGCGUGGUUGGACCACAUGACCAGGAUCUUGAUGCCGGCGAACCAAGAACGAGCGUUUAGUGUAAUGGAAGGGCUGUCAGACGAAGAGUUGCAGGAGCUGAUUAAGGUGCUAAUCCCGUUCAUGGGGGUGGAUGCCAACGAGCAGUUGCUGGACGAGGUGGUAGCAGACCUUCGGACGUGGCCGUGCACCCCUUUUGGGGGGACCGGACACGCGGACCAUCUCCGAUUCCUCCAGGACAACCCCAUCUUCUUGCUAGUAACCAGAGCUCGCAACCGACGUCGACGCCAGCUGGUGGAGAGAUACACUGCAGCCUACAUACAUCGGAUGGAGGAUGCCGUCGCCACCUACUUCAACAGCUCACGGCAGUCUCCUGUGCGCCGACUCCUGGGCAACAACCAGCAGAUCACAGGCAUCGAAGACUACGAAAGCUACGAGCUAAAAGACUGGGCUGGCAUGGAGGAGGACCUCGUUCGGAAUCUUUUGCAGGGAUACCGGGACAGCUUCUUUCCUGGAAGCAAGCCCAGUGACAUCGACAGCUCCUUCCCAAUCCCUUCGCCCACUGAGCAGGAGCUGGAAUACUUAUACGCGCAUGUUAUGCAGUCUACCGUAGAGACGACCGCUGCAAAACAAGCUGACGCCUAUGCGUCCCGCUUAGGAUGCAUUGUAUCGGCUUUUUGCUACGAUUUAGAAGCCUUGCAAAGGACCGCUACCGCGCCUCUCCUGCCUUUCCUCCUUCACUACACCUUCGUCCUGGACGAUUAG